AUGAUCGGCUCAACUCUGCUGGUCGCCACCAGCCUCGUCACCAUGGCAGCAGCAUACGACACAACCUUCGGCUUCAAUGGCGCCCCCAUCAUCGAAACCCGCACCCUCGACGAGAUCCAUCAAGCCGCCCUCGCCGAGGGCGGCAUCGUGACAGCCUGGCACGGAGGCGACGAGAAGAACCAGCAAGACGGCCUCAAGCGGGCCUUUGAGUCCCGUUUCCCCGGCAUGACGCUCAACAUCACCGUCGACGUGUCCAAAUUUCACGACGGGAACAUUGACCGCCAGCUCGCCCUCUCCGCUCUCGGCGGUGCCGGCGCGCUGUACGGCGCGCUGCUGCACUACCAGCCUGUCAACUUUGACAAGAUUCACCCGGCGUUCCGGGACGUUCGCGGCGCGUGGCACGGGGUUUCGAUUUUUGCGUGGACGUUUAUCUGGAAUGCGGACCGGGAGGGGGACGGGCCGAGAGAGUUUGCGGAUUUCUUGGAGCCGAGGUUCAAGGAUCGGCUUGUUCUCACGUAUCCUAACGACGAUGAUGCGGUGUUGUAUGCGUUUGAUCUGAUCAUGCAGCAAUUCGGCUACGAAAGGUUCGAAAAGCUCCUCGCGCAGAACCCGCGCUGGGUUCGCGGCACCGGUACGCCCGUCACCCUCCUCACCUCGCCCAACACGACUCUCUCGGCCACCUUCACCGCGGGUAUCGGCCUCACUCCCCUGGCGCCGCUGAACGUUUCCAUACCAACUAAUGGCACCUUUGUGACGUGGGCGCAGAGGGCGGCUAUCUUCAGGGACGCGCCGCAUCCGGAGGGCGCGAAGUUGCUUCACAACUUUAUGCUGAGCGACGAGUACCAGUCUACAACGGCGGCGGCGGGGUCAUGGAGCGUGAGGAAGGAUGUGGCGCCGCCGGCGGGGUAUCCCGGGAUUAUGGAUGUCGAGACGACGAAUCCGGUUGAGUUUGAGAGGUUCAUGGGGGACCGGGUGCGUGUUGAGCGGUUGAAGCUGUUCUUUGAGGAUAAGAUUGGGACGGCGCAGGGGUUGAGUCCUCUUCUUGAUGACUUGUGA